CACGCCGAGAACGAGACUGCCCCAAGAAACCUACCCGGCCUAACUCUGUAGUUUCUUGGUUGAACAGUCGAGAACGAAGAUGAUGUACAGAACAUUGUUGUGUCUGGCCCUGUUCAUGGGCUCUGUGUCGGCCUGGGGAAGCUUUUUCGGCAAGAACAGGGAGACAGAAUGCGGUUCCUUCCGAAAGCAAAGGAGAGGCUGGUGGUUCUCUUCCAACUCCAUGACUGAUGUUAACACGCGUCAAGUUCUGGAUGACCUCAAGGCUUUCGACAUCAACAAAGACGGCUACCUCACUUUCGCCGAAGCUAACAACCAAGCAGUUGCAUCCACCUUCGACAGUUCCCUGAACCUGAACGCUGGAAUCGAUCGUUGCACCUACGUGAUGUUUGAGAAGAAACGGUACGGCAUCAGUACCGGGGUCGCAGGCCGCCUGUUCGACUUGGUCGACGUCAACAAUGACCUCAUGAUCAGCACUGCGGACCAGGAUGUGGCUUCCUUCAACUCGCUUGACAAAGAUGUUGAUGGCCGGAUUUCUGUGUGUGAAGUUUUCAAGGGCUUCAUGUCCAGGCUGGCAGACGUGGAGCACAAGGCCUACGUUGCAGAGCUGAAGUAUUCGAACCUCGUCUACCAGUUCAGAAAACCCUCUCCUUGGUUUUCCUGGUAGUGAGCCUCCUAAACCGCCAUGUUUGUCAUGGCAACAGAGAGGGGAGACGGUUGCCUGACAACAAGGACGAUAAUCGUGAUGCUUUGUUAAUAAAGCGAUACAUACUUUAA